CGCAUCCAGGGUGCGGGGGCCCGGGAUGUGGCGCGGCUGAGGUCCGGAGCCCCGGGAACCGGGCGGGGACGCUGUCGGGCUGGAGCUGCUCGGGCCUUCUGACUCAGCCGCUCGUUCAGAUUUCGGGAUUUCUCUCCUGGGCGGGGAGCGCGCAACUUCCUCAUUCCCGCCCGGACCCUUGCUUCCAGCCAGUCUGGCCUGACUUCGAGCCCCGCUGUCACCAGGGCUCCUCCCUUGGACUUAACCUCGCCCCAGUUCGAGGCCAUCCCACCUUGGCUAGGAUGACUGUAACCCAGAAGAGCCUCUUUCCCUAUGGGGACUAUCUGAACUCCAGCCAGUUGCACAUGGAGCCAGAUGAGGUUGACACUCUGAGGGAAGGAGAGGACCCAGCUGAUCGAAUGCAUCCCUAUCUGGCCAUCUAUGACCUUCAACCUCUGAAAGCGCACCCCUUGGUGUUUGCCCCUGGGGUCCCUGUUAUAGCCCAGGUGGUGAGCACCGAAAGAUACACCAGCGGAUCCAAGGUGGGAACCUGUACUCUAUAUUCUGUUCGCUUGACGCAUGGUGACUUUACCUGGACAACAAAGAAGAAGUUCCGACACUUUCAGGAGCUGCAUCGGGACCUCCAGAGACACAAAGUCUUGAUGAGUCUGCUCCCUCUGGCUCGCUUUGCUGUGGCCCAUUCUCCAGCCCGAGAGGCAGCCAACGAGGAUAUUCCCUCCCUACCCCGAGGAGGUUCUGAGGGCUCCUCCAGACACACAGCCAGCAAGCAGAAAUACCUGGAAAAUUACCUCAACCGCCUCCUGACCAUGUCUUUCUAUCGCAAUUACCACGCCAUGACAGAAUUUCUGGAAGUCAGUCAACUUUCCUUUAUCCCAGACCUUGGCUCCAAAGGACUGGAAGGGGUGAUCCGGAAGCGCUCAGGCGGACAUCGAGUUCCUGGCUUCACCUGCUGUGGCCGAGACCAAGUUUGUUAUCGAUGGUCCAAGAGGUGGCUGGUGGUGAAGGACUCCUUCCUGCUGUACAUGCGCCCGGAGACCGGCAUCAUCUCAUUUGUUCAGCUUUUUGACCCUGGCUUUGAGGUCCAGGUGGGGAAAAGGAGCACAGAGACCCGGUAUGGGGUGAGGAUCGACACCUCCCACAGGUCCCUGAUUCUCAAAUGCAGCAGCUACCGGCAGGCACGGUGGUGGGGCCAGGAGAUCACGGAGCUGGCACAGGGUCCAGGCAGAGAUUUUCUACAGCUACAUCAGCAUGACAGCUAUGCCCCACCCCGGCCCGGCACCCUGGCCCGGUGGUUUGUGAAUGGGGCAGGCUACUUUGCUGCUGUGGCCGAUGCCAUCUUGCGAGCUCGAGAGGAGAUUUUCAUCACAGACUGGUGGUUAAGUCCUGAGAUUUACCUGAAGCGUCCAGCCCAUUCCGAUGACUGGAGACUGGACAUUAUGCUCAAGAGGAAGGCGGAAGAAGGUGUCCGAGUUUCCAUACUGCUGUUUAAGGAAGUGGAGCUGGCCUUGGGCAUCAACAGUGGCUACAGCAAGAGGACACUGAUGCUGCUGCACCCCAACAUAAAGGUGAUGCGACACCCAGACCUUGUGACACUGUGGGCCCAUCACGAGAAGCUCCUGGUGGUAGACCAAGUGGUGGCGUUCUUGGGCGGGCUGGACCUGGCCUUUGGCCGCUGGGAUGAUGUGCAGUACCGACUGACUGACCUGGGGGACCCCUCUGAACCUGUACAUUCACAGACUCCCACACCAGGCUCAGACCCUGCAGUCAUUCCAGACCUCUCGCAUAAUCAAUUCUUCUGGCUGGGAAAGGACUACAGCAAUCUCAUCACCAAGGACUGGGUGCAGCUGGACCGGCCUUUUGAAGAUUUCAUCAACAGGGAGACCACACCCAGGAUGCCAUGGAGGGAUGUUGGAGUGGUUGUACACGGAGUAGCUGCCAGGGACCUUGCCCGGCACUUCAUCCAGCGCUGGAAUUUCACCAAGGUGCUCCAAAGGGCCUGGAGGACUCCCCCUGCACCCAACGCUGCCCCCCAUUCCACCUCUCCAGGACUUAAACACCACAUCAUACUCACCAUCCCAUAGGUCUUGAGGUCUGUGGAUCGAUGGUCAGCAGGGACAUUGGAGAACUCCAUCCUCAAUGCCUACCUACAUACCAUCCGAGAGAGCCAGCACUUUCUCUACAUUGAGAAUCAGUUCUUCAUUAGCUGCUCAGAUGGGAGAACGGUUCUAAACAAGGUGGGCGAUGAGAUUGUGGACAGAAUCCUCAAGGCUCACGAACAGGGGCAGUGUUUCCGAGUCUACUUGCUUCUGCCUUUGCUCCCUGGCUUUGAGGGGGACAUCUCCACAGGGGGUGGUAACUCCAUCCAGGCUAUUCUGCACUUCACCUACAGGACCCUGUGUCGCGGGGAAUAUUCAAUCUUACAUCGUCUCAAAGCAGCCAUGGGGACGGCAUGGCGGGAUUACAUGUCUAUCUGUGGGCUCCGCACACAUGGAGAGCUGGGCGGGCACCCAAUCUCUGAGCUCAUCUACAUCCACAGCAAGAUGCUCAUUGCGGAUGACAGAACAGUCAUCAUCGGUUCUGCGAACAUCAAUGACAGGAGCUUGCUGGGGAAGCGGGACAGUGAGCUAGCCAUACUGAUCAAGGACACAGAAAUGGAGCCAUCCCUCAUGGAUGGGGUGGAGUACCAGGCAGGCAGAUUUGCCUUGAGUUUGCGGAAGCACUGUUUCAGUGUGAUUCUUGGGGCAAACACCUGGCCAGACCUGGAUCUCCGAGACCCUGUCUGUGAUGACUUCUUCCAGCUGUGGCAAGAAACAGCGGAGAACAAUGCCACCAUCUAUGAGCAGAUCUUCCGCUGCCUGCCGUGCAAUGCUACCCGUUCCCUGCGGGCUCUCCGGGAGUACGUGGCUGUGGAGUCCUUGGCUACAGUCAGCCCUUCCUUGGCUCAGUCUGAGCUUGCGCACAUCCAGGGCCACCUAGUUCACUUCCCCCUCAAGUUUCUGGAGGACGAGUCCUUGUUGCCCCCGCUGGGGAGUAAAGAGGGGAUGAUACCUUUAGACGUGUGGACAUAGCUGAGGCUUCCGCUCAGCGGCAGCCACGAGCCGUUGGGCCCCCAUCGUGCCUGGAUCCUUGCCCCACCCUGAGUUCUGAGGGCCGUGCCCUCCGAUCCUUCGGGAGGACAUCUCCGAGGACUCUCCGAGAAUCACAGAGGACUUGUACUUGAGAAGUAGCCAAAGGGAGCACUCCCAAGCCUGGCCUGGGGAGGCAGGACAGAGUUGUAGAGAGGUUUGCCUUCCUGCCACCAUGUUCAAACCACUGUGCCACAGAACCCCAGCCCUACAAGGAGGCCUGAGGACAAGCCUUUUAUUCCAGGAAAAGGGACUCCUGUCCUGGGUCUUCUUCAUCUCACUCUUCCUUCUGCCCUUGAACCCCCUACAUGCCCCAGGGCCUCUCCCAGCCCACUGCUGCAAAGAUGGAGGGAGUAUGGAGCCACUUUGACUGCUGUCUUCCACCAGUGGUCGUGGGGAAGACACCAGAACUGCCUCCAGCAGCCUGCUGACAGACACUAACUUUGUACCGGUUCAUCAAGCAUUUCAUAAAUAAAAGUGUAGAAAAGG